AUGCAAGUCUUCCCUCCACGGCGGCAAGCGGAUCUAGUUCAACGAACAGGAGUUCAACACAACAAUUACUUCGCGGAUUGCCAUUCUCCCGACACGGCUUUGGCACCCGACGAUGCAGUGGCUCGGGUCGCCGAAAGGGUGGAGAUCCCGUUGACGCCAAGGCCUCGCACACAAGCACUUGUGGAUGACAGGUUUCAAAGUCACAAGCGCAAGCACUCGGAGCACUCGGAGCACGUGGGGGCUCAGAGCGAGGCCAGGAAGGCAGGGAGGGCUCCGAGGGAGGGAACUCGGCGGAGGCAGGGCAGGGCAGGGCAGGGCAGGGCAGCGGGGCAGACAGACGACUGUGGGCUCGAGUUCGAGUUCAAAACUGAUCGAACCACAAUCGUGUUCUGA